AUGGAAUCGCCCACAGCAGAUCCGGAUACACAGGCUGAGGUAAAUCUCAUGAUACUGGAUUACCUCCUGUGCAUGGCCAUCCACCAAGUCCUGGACUCCGGGAAUGGUAAAUUUGAAGAUGACACCAGCUGGAGUCUCGAUACGAUCAACACCAUCAAGACUGCACUCUUACCAUCGGACACCCUUCCCAAAGACAUUCAGAUAAAAACCCAGAUACUAGAGCUCGCACAAUUGUUCAGUGAUGGCAAUGGAAAAACAGAGCCAAGCAGAGAACUUGCUACUGAAUUGUUGCAGGAAGACCAGCGCAGGAGUCCGUUUACACGAUCUGGAAGAAGCAACCCCCAACCAUACCAGCCACAUGAAAGUGACAAACUACCCGCCCAUGAUACCCGGGUUGUCGCCUUUGAUAGAUCCUACAACGCGCUAGUCCGAUUUGUCACCCUUUGCGGCACUGCGAGAGACAAUUUACCAGAUGGACACGCUGAUAUUGCUGCGAAUUUAAUAACCCAAGCUGCACUGAACGAGUACCACACUGCGGGUGUUAAGGCGCCAGGCAGGUACAGAGAAUGCAUUGAACGUGUCACUGCGUGCCUGCGCGAAGCCUUGGAUCCGUAUGCAGAGCAGGUAAACCUAGCGUACCUGAGCACCCUGUUACCAUCCAUCGACCUUGCAUCAGCCGAGUCGGAAGGACCUGGGCGGAAGUCACCACGCGGAGAUACUAUUACCCGCUCAGUACUUUGUUUCCUGACCGACCUCAUGAAGACACUAGACCCUCCAAUACUCAUUCAACUCGAGAGAGGAAAACUUGGAGGACUGAGCCGUGAAGAGACCCAGCAGUUGAAGGACAGGAUAGGGCUUUGA